UCUACUGGGAGCGGAGCGAGCUAUUCAGACCUGGACGCUGGAAAGCCGGAGAAAUUUUGAACUCGUCUAUUUUUGAACUCAGCCAGAGAAGUGCUCCAGGGUUGGGUUCCACGGUCUACACGAGCUGAGAAAUGACUAUCGCGGCCGAGGUUCACGUAUAUUUGCCGGCUUUCUGUCAUAUGCGCGGCUAGCAGCCAUUGCCGAGGGUUCAAAUUAUUCCUCAAGUAUAGUUGCUUUCUCCGCUAUUUUUAUACAUCACGCCCCUUCGUCGCCGAGCUGAAAAUGUCUUGAGUCGGAGCCUUGACAGAGAAUAUGUCAGAUUACCGGGAGGAUGGUAUGGAUCUGGGGAGUGACGCGUCCAGCCGCUCCAGCUCGGAGUCCAACUCCAACAAGGUGACGCCGUGCUCCCCGAGCCUGGACCUGACGCCGCUGGAGGAUUACGAGGAGGACGAGGACUACCAGGCGUACAAGAAGAAGGUCAUCGAGGAGUGGGAGAGCGAGUAUGGGGGCGGCUGUGGCGGCGGCGGGGGUUACGGCGACGCCGAUGACCCCGACCUGGCCAACAACGCCGGGGGGACCCUCGGCGGAGUCGGCGGCGGAGGUGGAGGAGGCGGCACCGGAAGCUUCCGGAAGGCGGUGAACAGCCGCAGCCUGGCCGAGGAGUUCCAGGACGUGAAGAGCCCGCCGCCGCCGCUGCUCGCCGGCCCCACUGCCACCCGCGCGGCCGCCGUGCCCGAGGAGCUGAAGCAGAACGGGAACCUGAUCCUGCCCAGCACGCACCACCUGCCCUCGCCUGUAGGGGGCGCCACCAACACCAACAACACCACCACCACCUCCGGCGCCAUCACGGGGGCAAAGACGACCAGCAGCCGGCUCACCAGCCAGCGGACCGCCAGCAGUAACGGCAGAGCGGCCGGCGGAGGACUGACCGGCACCGGCGUUAGCAGAAGCGGAGGAGGAGGCGGUGGCCUCGGCUUCGGGGUCUACGGUGGCAUCGGCGGCGGAAGUGGCACAGGGACGGGGAACAGCGCCCAGCGUGCGGGCACAGGAGCGGGCACAGGAGCGGGCGUGGUGGGCACGGCGGGCUUCAGGGACGAGUGUGCGCUGGAGGAGAACGAGCUGCCCACUAUGGACUGGGCCACGCUGGAGAGACACCUGGCCGGACUGCAGUGCCGGGAGCAGGAGAACCACAACCAGAACCAGGCCCUGGGCCGGACCCACUCCGCAUCGGCCCAGAAGAAUGAGCGAGAGUCCAUCCGGCAGAAGCUCGCUCUGGGCAGCUUCUUUGACGAUGGACCCGGCAUCUACACCAGCUGCAGCAAGAGUGGCAAGCCCAGCCUGUCAUCACGGCUGCAGAGCGGGAUGAAUCUCCAGAUCUGCUUUGUGAACGACAGCAGCAGCGAUAAAGACAGCGAUGCCGACGACAGCAAGACAGAGACGAGCCUGGACACGCCCCUCUCUCCCAUGAGUAAGCAGAGCUCGUCGUACUCGGACCGGGACACGGCGGAGGAGGACUCGGAGUCUCUGGAGGACUCGCUGGACUUUGUGAGCCGGCAGAAGAAGCUGCAGGCCGAGGCCAAGCUGGCCCUGGCGAUGGCCAAGCCCAUGGCCAAGAUGCAGGUGCAGGUGGAGAAGCAGAACCGCAAGAAGUCCCCCGUCGCAGACCUGCUGCCCCAUAUGCCCCACAUCAGUGAGUGCCUGAUGAAGAGGAGUCUGAAGCCCUCGGACCUCAGAGACAUGACUGUCGGCCAGCUCCAGGUCAUCGUCAACGACCUCCACUCACAGAUUGAGAGUCUGAAUGAAGAGCUGGUGCAGCUGUUGCUGAUUAGAGAUGAACUUCACAUGGAGCAAGAUGCCAUGCUGGUGGACAUCGAGGACCUGACCAGGCACGCUGAGAGCCAGCAGAAACACUUGGCAGAGAAGACCCUCUCCAAAUGAAGAUUCUGCCACCAUAAUCCCCCCUCCACCCACCUCAGACAUCACUCCAUGACCCUGUUCAAAUGCACCUACUGCCUUCUUAUACACAGACACACACACACACACACACACACACACACACACACACACAAACACAAACACACACAGACACACACACACACACACACACACACACACACACACACACACACACACACACACAGACACACACACACACACACACACACACACACACACACAUGUACUUGUACAUAUACACACCACAUAAACAUGGCGGAAAAGACCCUAUCCUAAUGAGCCCCACCACCACCCCAAACAUCUUCCAUACUAGUCCCUGAUGUUCUCCUUUGACCUCUAACCCCCGACCUCUGACCCCCGACCCCACCCCUGAUAUCUCCCCCAUCUCCCUCCAUCCUGCCAUGGAUCCAGCACUGGGCCGCCUCCCUCCUUUGCUUCUGUGGUUGUACAAACUAAGAGAAAAAGAACAAAAAAAGAACAAAAAAACAAAAACAAAACGGUUGGAGCUGGAGCACUUGGUGACAGAUGAAAUCUUUUAAGUGUGAGUCUUGGAUACUGUCCCUGGCUUUUUUCUGUGCGGUGAUUGGCCUUGCGUCUUUACAGUUCAUUUUUUUUUAACUCUGCCACUAAAUUAUACCUGUCAAUGCAAAACUAUGGAAAAAAAUAUAUGCUAAGCAACAAUUAGUAGGGAGUCGAGUCUGUUGAAAAACAAAAAAAAGAACAAAAAAUAUAUGAACAAAAAGACCUAACUUCUGAGGCUUUUUUAAGUUGGACAGUAUUGAAAAGUUGGUCUCCUCUUCUGCACAAAUGGUAGUUUUCAAUUGAAGCUUUUCUUUGAAGGUGCUAAAAGAGAAGAAGGAUUACAUGCCUGCCUUGUAGUGAAAGUCCUAGCUUUUGGUAAUAUGUUCACUCUAAUCGGUAUUCAACAUUUUGUGAAUGUUGAUUUUCUGACACGAGUCAUUUUAAAUGAAUAAGUGUGUUAAUAUCAUUUCCAUCCUAUUGUACUCAGAAUCUUUAUUUGAGGGAAGAAAUGUUUAUGUACAGAUAUGUAAAAUAAAAAAAAUAAAACUUUGUUUCAUAUAC